CGACGGAAGAAUAUUGAGCAGAUAGAGAGACAGACAGAGAGAGACAGAGAGAGAGAGCGUGCAGAGAGGUGACAGCUCCUGAAUUGCCGGGUUGCAUGUGGCUGGUCGGACUGCAGAGGCUGGCUCGCUGGAGGCUGCAGCUUCCCUCCCGCUGGAGCUUCGCCCUCUCCGCAAACCCUGCCUCCCCCCUGCGGCUCUCCCCCGGCUCCAGCAUGUCCCUCUGUCCGGCCGGGGACCGCACGACCCUGUCCUGCAGGAGGGAGAAGCCGCCCAAGGACACCCUGAGACACAUCAAGUCCAGGGAGAAGAGGAAGCGAUUGGACGCUCAUGGACCUUCAACCGUCUACCUACAGGUAGUGGGGUCUGGGAGUAGGGAAGCUGCAGCCUCCCUCUAUGUCUUCUCUGAAUACAAUAGGUAUCUCUUUAACUGUGGAGAAGGGACACAGCGGCUGAUGCAGGAACACAAGCUAAAGGUUUCUCGCCUUGACAAUAUUUUUGUGACAAGGAUGAAUUGGUCAAAUGUUGGAGGAUUAUCUGGUAUGAUUCUAACGCUGAAGGAUACGGGUGUUCCCAAAUGUGUAUUCUCCGGACCGCCACAGUUUGACAGAUACUUGACUGCAAUUAGAACAUUCUCUGGGCCACUACAAGGACUGGAUUUAGCUGUGCGCCCUUACACAGACCCAGAGUAUACUGAUGAUACCAUGACUGUGCAUCAGGUGCCCAUAUUUGCCAAAUUGGAGUCGAAGGAGGGCCGAGGGACAGAGAGUCCAGAUGGAUCACUUGGCAAAACCAGUCCCGAUCGGCCCUGUUCACCGAAAUCUGUAAAGCGGCAACUGGAGGAUUCUGAGGGUCGCUUACAGGAAAAGCCAGAGAGAAGUCCAAAAAUGUCGACGAGGGACCCUGCCCUGGUGGUAGCUUUUAUCUGCAAGCUUCAUCCGAAGAAAGGAAAUUUCCUCGUCAUGAAGGCUAAGGAGCUGGGUCUACCGGUGGGGACCUCUGCAAUCGGGCCAAUUGUUGCCGCUUUGAAAGAUGGAAAGAGCGUAACGUUUGAAGGCAAGGAGAUCAGACCUGAGGAAGUGUGUACACCAGCGGAUCCAGGGCCCACUUUCCUUGUGUUGGAAUGUCCGAGUAACGAAUUUAUUGGCCCCAUGUGUGAGAAUGAACAACUCAAAAGGUAUCAAACUGGAGGGUCUGAAAGCCCCACUGCAUUAGUUGUCCACAUGACGCCGGAGUCAGUGUUGGCAAAUAAUGUUUAUAAAUCGUGGAUGGAGAGGUUUGGGCCUACCACAGAACACCUGAUCCUCAAUGAACACAAUGAGACUGUCCAUAACCUACGCAGCCACAAGAUCCAAACCCAGCUAAACCUGAUUCACUCUGAGAUCUUUCCUCGGCUAAAGACCUUUCAGACCAAGGAACAGCCAGCCUCUCUCAAUAUGCCAACUGUUCGAGGUGAAUGCUUGCUAAAGUACCAGCUGAGGCCCAAAUUUGAAUGGCAAAGAGAUGCUGUGGUUGCAGCUGACACCGAGGAGUUUAUUAAAGAAGCUACAGAAAUCCCAGGCUUCUUGGAGAAAGUUGAAGAAUGUAAGAAUUUAUUGGCGGCAGACCCUGUUAUUCAGUCAGGGAAAGUGGACAAAUACCCCGAGGUGGUUUUCCUUGGAACUGGAUCUGCCAUCCCAAUGAAAAUCCGAAAUGUUAGCUCCAUCAUUCUAAACAUCGAUGCGACACGCUCUAUAUUGUUAGAUUGUGGUGAAGGUACCUUUGGCCAGCUCUGUCGUCACUAUGGCAACGAUGUGGACACGGUUCUCUGUAAUUUGUCAGCCAUCUUUGUGUCUCACAUGCACGCUGACCAUCACACCGGCUUGAUAAAUAUAUUGGUGGAACGAGAAAAAGCUCUGGUUUCGCAGGGUAAGGUCUUCAGCCCAGUUUUACUUGUGGGCCCUUUAAAGAUCAUGAGUUGGUUGAACCAAUACCAUAACCAUUGCCAAGAGAUUCUCCGCCAUAUUAACAUUAUUCCUGCUCGACAGCUUGUGGAAGGUGCGGAAGUUACCAAGUUCAAUGCUCAAGACUUUAUUCUAUCUUUGCUAAAGGAACUUGAACUGGAAAAGUUCCAGACGUGUGUCGUGCGUCACUGCAGGAACGCCUUUGGCUGUGCGCUUCAACACAAGUCAGGCUGGAAAAUAGUUUACUCAGGGGAUACCAUGCCGUGCCCAGCUCUGGUGCAAACAGGGCAGAAUGCGAACCUACUGAUUCAUGAGGCCACGCUGGAAGAUGGGCUGGAGGAAGAGGCUGUUGAGAAAACUCACAGCACCACCUCCCAAGCCAUUGAUGUCGGUAUGAAGAUGAAUGCCAAAUUUAUAAUGUUAAAUCACUUCAGCCAGAGAUAUGCCAAGAUUCCCCUCUUCAGUGCUGACUUCAAUGAGAAAGUGGGAAUAGCUUUUGAUCAUAUGAGGGUUCGGUUUGACGAUUUUGGGGUCGUGCCAAAACUCAUCCCGCCCCUCAAAGCCCUUUUUGCGGACGAGAUUGAAGAGAUGGAGGAACGACGCGAGAAGCGAGAGCUUCGGCAGUUGAAAGAAGCCCAAAGUUCUUUGAGCACAAACGGGCCUGUGGCCCAGGGACCAUCCGUCACCACGAGCGCAGCCGAGGCAGUCACCAAAAAGAAACGCGAGGUUGAAGAACCUGACCAAGACCUGGACCACAAAAAAAUAAAACUAACUUGAGAUACCACUGGAAAAUAAUUAAUUAUUUGGAAGACCUGGUUCAUUACCCUGGAGAGCUAGUGUACAGGAAAGCAAACAUACAGGAAAGCAAACAUACAGGAAAGCAAACAUACAGUACGGGACAAGAGAUUGAGCUGAUUUUAAUUUGGGGUAUAAAUGAGACUGUUGUGUAUAGUGUUUUGCCAUCAGGGUAAAAAUGACUGUGGCUCGAAAUAAUUCAGGUUAUAUUUUGGUUUUUAUAUGGCACAGUAAUUUUAUUUAUGAAUCGGGGGCCCAGAUACUUAGAUACCUGACCCCCCCCUUUUUGGAGAUUGGCCUUUCCAGGCCACUCCAAUAAAGAAAUGGCGCAAACAUCCCACAUUUUUCUCACUCCAGUUGAGGAGGACAAAUAAUCCAUAGUGUUAUGUUGAAUUUUAGGUUGGGAACCAUAUGCCUGAAGUCAGGUUUUGAAGUUUUUUUUAUUAAAAAGCACCCUUUUUUAUGUUACUUAAUCCCAUUUUUGAUUCCACUUGUGAAGUAAGUUGCGCAUAAGUGUUCCUUUCCCUGGCUCCUUCCAUUUUCGUCUCCACUCUGCCAUUGUUGCUUUGAAGUGUUAUCUACAGGGUGCAAAACAAGACUGAAUUCAUUUGGCACCUGAUGCUUCCUUCCCUUGGAAAAUUCCUCAAACCAUGUUGAGUGCAGCUUUAGAAACAAUUCCAGUUGCGAUUAGGAACUCCUCGUGUCUUGAGUGGAGAGAAUUGAGAAAUUCCCAUGUCUUAUUCCAAAACUGGGGAUAGUGUGCAUCGAUCUCCAUGUGUGGUAUUUAUUGCAGGGGUGAGCAAAAGUUAUUUUUGACAUCUGUAGAAUGGUUCACAAGCAGUCUUCAUGAAGAUGAGCAUAAACAUUCACUUUCCUCAUUAGUGCUUGUACCAGAUAUAUAAUUUAUUUUGAAACCAGAGUUGAAUCUUUAGAAUAAUAAACCAACUUCUUGCA